AAUUAUGGUGACGUCACAUGUGCGACACGGACUUUUGCCUCUUUCAAUGUUGUGUCUGAAGUUUUAUUCAAAACCGUGUUUUACAAAGGAAUUAUUUAUCUGGUGGUGCUUUUGCAGACACUUGUGAGUCUUUUUUGUAUGACAAAUGCUAUGAAAUUAAUGUGAAUAUUAAUGUGAAUAGAUAUAGAUGGAUAGUUUGUUGUAUAACGUAGGCUACAGUCAACUCUUGCUAGCUAACUAGUGUUGCAAAUGCAUGUGGUGGUCUUUGCGACAGUCCCGUCGUUUACAAUAUGGGUUCCAUGUUGAUAUCAAAAUCUGGACUUUACUUUAAGUACGGAAACAUACUAUCUCAUCCUAGAACUGUAGGCUGUUCGCAGCUGAGAAUUUUGCUUUCUGUUUUCGAAGACAGCAAGCUGCAUUCUGCACACUUAUUUAGCACAAAAAGAGUGAGCAGACCUUUAGGUUAUCAAAACAAGAAAGAAGAUAGACAAAAGGACUUCAUCAUCAGGGAAAGUCCGUCUUUCCCGAAAUCUGUGUUUGCAGCAGGGACUGCCAAGAAGACAGCUGAGAUCCUGAGAAGGAAAAGUGGCCUCCAGGAAGCGGAGGAAUCCGACCCCAGACAGCCCAGGGUGCGAGUGGAGCUCCCCGACCGGCCCCUUACAGCCUCGGAGUGGAGAAAGCUCCAGGAGGCUUCUGGCAACCAUGAGCGCUUCCCCAUACAGACGAUGACUUCACUCUUCGCCCAACGGGCGGAAAUCGACGUCGCAAAGUCCCUUCUGGCAUUCGUCGCCACGGAGACGGGCACCCUGCCUUACAAGAUGCUCCUUCGCUACCUGACGCUGUGCGUGGCGGCUGGCCACCAUGGAGAGGUGUUCGACCUUUAUGACAUCAUGACCGGACGUUUCGGCUCGCUGGACACGGGUGCCUACAGCCUCUUCAUCAGGGGUUUCAGCCACACAGAACGCUGGCGUAAGGCACUCGACAUCUUGGAAGACAUGAAAAGGGUCAUCACUCCCUCCUCGCGUAACUAUGGCUGCGUUAUCGCCGGGGCUGUGCAGCACGGGGACGUUGGCAUGGCGUGGGCGCUGUAUGAUGACCUCAUAGAGAAGGGACUGGUCCCUAACCAGGAGAUCUGGCAGAGCCUGUUCCAGAGUGGGAUGUCCUGGCCAGGGCCAGAGCAGGAGGAGAGGCUGCAGGGAGUCCUGAUGUACAUGAGAGACAACCAGGUGUACCCCCAGCAAUCCCUGGCUCAAACCAUUGAAGCCUGGUUCCAGAGUAUUCCUGAAAUGAGCUGGAAGGGAAGCUGGACCACAGUGGAGCCCAAGGGCGUGUGUCGGAGCUGCAAGGAGGAGCUGGAGUCCAUCCACCUGACUCAGGAGGAGUACAGCCAGCUGAGGGAAAGGGUGAUGCGGGAAGUCAUCAGAGGACAAGAUGUCUUUAACAAGACCACACCAGAGGAACUGGAGAGCUUCAAGACCUUUGUAAAGAGGAAGCCAGCAUUUGACGUGGUCAUUGAUGGGCUCAACGUGGCCAACACUACCAGGGGCAGCCAGUCUGAAACUCUGCUGGCAGUGGUGUCUGAGCUGGAGCAGCAGGGCCAGGUCAUCCUUGUGCUGGGGAGGAAACACAUGCUGAAUCCCUCCAGAAGCUGGGACAGACACCACAUGGCCCAGGUCCAGCUGAAGGCCCACUGUUUCUUCACUGACAAUAUCUCUGAGGAUGACCCCUUCCUCUUGUAUGCCACACUGCAUUCUGGGAACCACUGUAACUUUGUGAGCCGAGAUCUGAUGAGGGACCACAAGGCCUGUCUGUCGGAUGACGUGACCAGGCGGCUGUUCUUUAAGUGGCAGCGCGGCCACCAGCUGGUGCUGAGCGGGUAUAACCUUGGCCGGAGGGUUCGCUUCCGGGUAAGAGGGCUGGAGAGAAUUCCCAGUUAUGACACGAUCAUCCAGACUUCAGGCAGGUCCUGGCACGUCCCCUACGAUGACGACGGGGCCGAGAGGUGCUCCUACGAAGUACCCCAGCGGUGGCUCUGUCUCAGAAAGACACAUUAGGGGUUGCCAUAGAGACUGCGUACAGGGUUCGCAUGCUGGCAUUGCUAAAAAUAAAUAUAGUUAUGUUGCUCACAACUGAAUGUGAACUUCUGGACUGAAGUCUCUACACAGCUCUUAGUACUAAUUGUAAAUCUUUUUUUCUUUUGAUAAUAAAGAGUCAAUUUACCC